GCCGAGUUGCAACCGGUUUGUACCGGCCGCUGCCUCUCGCUCUCUCUCUCGGCACUACAACGCGGUGUAGCCGCCUCCUCUGUAGAGGAAACCCGGCGGGGAGAGCCGGGCGCUCGCGGGCUCUGUCAGCGGUUGCAAAACAAGGGCCCUCUCCGGGGGGGAUUCCCCUCACGGAGAACGCCGCCGCCGCCGCCGCCUUGCCCCGGGGUGGGGGGCCCUUCCUGCAGCAGUUGCAGACUAAGUAAAGAGGAAGUGUUCGGCCUUAGCAGGAAGAUAUGUCAGGCGCUGGUCUGCUGAUGUUAGCCUUUUUCGAGGGCAUGCUGUGAAAAUGUAUGGUUGAGUUGCCAGAUUCACCAGCAGUAACAUGUUCUAGAAGCCUGAAUGACUUGAGACCAUCUUCUACCUUUGAGCUCUUGAACUGAUCCUGGAGAAUGGUGUUCGAGAAGUCACCAGACGGCGGCUGGGGCUGGGUUAUAGUCCUCGCCUCCUUCUUCACUCAGUUCUUGUGCUACGGAUCUCCGUUAGCUGUUGGAGUUUUAUAUUUAGAAUGGCUGGACAUUUUUGGAGAAGGGAAAGGAAAGACUGCAUGGGUCGGAUCCCUUGCAAGUGGUGUCGGUUUACUUGCAAGUCCUGUUUGCAGCACAUUUGUCUCAGCGUUUGGAGCGAGAUCUGUAACUAUCUUCAGCAGUUUUAUGGUUGCUGGGGGGCUGAUGAUGAGCAGCUUUGCACCCAACAUCUACUUCCUGUUUUUUUCCUAUGGAAUUCUUGUUGGACUCGGGUGUGGGUUAUUGUAUACAGCCACAGUAACUAUUACAUGCCAGUAUUUUGACAAACGUAGAGGCCUUGCCCUUGGUCUUAUUUCUACAGGAUCAAGUGUUGGACUUUUUAUCUAUGCAGCUUUGCAAAGAAAACUAAUUGAACUUUACGGGUUGGAAGGCUGCCUGCUUAUUGUUGGCGCGCUGUCCCUAAACAUCCUAGCCUGUGGAAGUCUAAUGAGGCCUUUGCGUUCGGGCAGUUUUUCCUUACCAGAGAAAUCAGGCCUUGAGAAGAUUCCAGACCAGUACCUCAUUUAUAGCGAAAAGGAAAAAAACCUUUAUGAAGAAAAUGUAAACAUACUGGAAAAGGCCAGCACUGAAGGAAAAAGUGUGAACAAACCCUUCGGCGGCGAUUGUAAACAGGAAUCUCUUGUGAACAAGAACAGACUGUCCUCAGUAGCAUCGAAAGAGACAGACACUUACAAAAUGAAAGUUGCAGAGCAGACAUAUUUCUGUAAACAGCUUGCCAAGAAGAAAUGGCACCUAUAUUUAGACUACUGGGCAGAAACGCUCAGUCUUUUUAAAAACAGAGUAUUUUCAUCGCUUUUCAUCGCCAUCUUCUUUUUUGACAUCGGCGUGUUUCCUCCGUCUUUGCUGAUGGAAGACAUAGCCAGAAGUUCAAAUAUCGGCGAAGAAAACUGUGUCAUUCCUCUCGUUUCCAUCAUAGGCAUUAUGACCGCCAUUGGUAAACUUGCUUUGGGGAUAUUAGCGGAUUUUAAAUGGAUGAACACUUUAUAUCUGUACGUCCUGACCUUGAUAAUGACUUCAGUGGCACUGUUUUUGAUUCCAUUUGCCCAAAGUUACAUUAUGCUGGCCAUACUUUCGGGGGUUUUAGGUUUUCUGACAGGCAAUUGGUCCAUUUUUCCAUAUAUCACAACAGAGACCGUGGGAAUAGAGAAAUUAGCACACGCAUAUGGUAUACUGAUGUUUUUUGCUGGACUUGGAAAUAGUCUUGGACCACCAAUUGUAGGUUGGUUUUAUGACUGGACAGAGUCCUACGACACAGCGUUUUAUUUUAGUGGACUUUGCGUCUUGUUCGGAGGGCUGCUUUUGUUGACAGCUGCCCUUCCAUGUUGGAACAACUUGAACAGCAGCAAACAGCCUGAAAAGCCGCUGCCAAAUAUGUACUCCUACAAAGUUUCAGCCGCUGCUGAGCUGCCAGCGAAGAGCCUUUGAUUGCCUUUUUAUACUGCACAGCAAGAUAUUUUAGUAAUUUGCCCCGUUUUUAUUUAUGAAGUGAGAAAACUCUUCUUUUGUAUUACGUUGAAAUGUUUUUUUAGGUUUGAUCCAGAGCUUCUGGCAUGCAUGGGAGCAACGGCCGGCAGACCUCCUUCGCACAAGGAUCAUUUGGGAGGGCAGCCGUGUUCAUCUGCAAUAGAAGCACUAGCUUUGAGUCCAGUAGCGCCUUGGAGACCUACAAGAUAUUCGGGGUGUACCCUUUUGAGAGUCGGAUGAAGGGAGCUUUGAUGUUCAGAAAGCACAUACCCCAGUCCCCGUCCCCCCCCGCCCCCCCAUCUUGACCUCUGAGUUUGAUGCUGGACUCAAAUCUAGCUGUGGAAGGAGUCUUUUACCUUCCCGUUGCCAAAAGUGAGUGAACCACACUUGUGCCUACCUAACUGGGCUGUAGCCACUUUAUCAGAUCCAGAGUUCUUAGCAGGCGCAUUUACAAAGCUCUCAGACGUAUAUGGAAUUCCUGCAUCAAGACUUUCCCGUUGGCUUCAGUAUUGGGCAAGCAAUACACAUCCAAAAUACUGAAAUUAGCAGGGAAGGUUUUGAAUACACAGAGGUUCCAAAGAGCCACAGACGUAUACACGAGAGCCAUAUCUCUUUCCUGCCAUUUCUUUUCCCCCACUUGCUUAUGGUAUAUUCUGCUACAUUUGCACCAGCUCUUUUUUUAAAAAAAUGAACAAAAUGUAUUUUAUACAAACUUGAUGUAAACUUUUUGCUUGUCUGACGAUUAUGGCACUUGCUUCUCUCAGAAAUCUUGAUUGCUCUGUAGGGGAGAAACUUGCUAGAGAAGAUCUCAUUGUAUCAACCUGAAUGUAAUAUGAGUCAGUGGUGCCUGCUUUCCAACCAGGUAAACAUUCUUUUAGGGUAAUAUCUCAUUGAUUGCUUUCAAAGAGAAAUUUUGGUUGCCUUACCUGCAAAGUAAGCAGUGCGAACUUGAGAUACCACUGAAGAUGCUGCACUCCAAAUAUUUUACUACUCUCUUCUGCAUAAGUCUGUUUUUUGUAAAAGCGAUGAACCAAAAGAUAUGAAACCAAGGAAUAAAUACAAACUGUGAAACCUG